GCUCUUUCAUCUCACAGACCUAAUACUUUCCAUUUCACCUUCUUUUUUCCCCCAUUUCCAUUUUCAUUUCCAAAAGAGAGAUUUUAUUUCAAAAAAACAAAAACAAAAAAACAAAAACAAAAACAAAAACAAAAAAAUCAAAAUCAAUGGGAAGCAUCUCGCCGUCGGCACAAUACUCGUCGCCGUCGACCACUCCGAACAUUGCAGAGCGAGCGCCGUGGCACUCGCCGUUGCCGUAUCUAUUCGGCGGCCUUGCGGCGAUGCUGAGCUUAAUCGCCUUUGCGCUCGUCAUUUUAGCCUGUUCUUACUGGAACCUCUCCCGGCGAGACAGAGACAGAGACAGCGCCGAUUUGGAGAACGGCGGCGCAUACGAAGCGAAAAUCGACUCGGAGAUACCGCCGGAGAAGGCUAACUACGACGAGAACAUUUUGGUCAUAAUGGCUGGAAACCAGAAUCCGACGUUCUUAGCUAGACCUGUAUGCAUAAAAGUUUCCUCCGCCGUGGAAACUGCCGUUAAUGGUAAAUCGGAAGUGGAAGAGACAGCGGAGAAUUCGGAGAAAUCGAUCAAAGUGAAUGAUCCAGAUGUAAACUCAGCGGUUGAGGAAUCCGGCGAGGAAGUAAACUAGUGAGUUUUUGAAAUAAAAUUGUACUGAAUUUUGAUCUCUGCUUCUCGAUCGAGAAAUUUUGCCCUAGGGUUCUGACUGAGCUCUGUUUUUCGGCUCCUUCGUUCGAGAAAAUUGUAAAUUACAAUGUAAAUUAGUUACUACAUAAAGAAUUUUGUAAAAUCUCCUCCCAAUUUGUUUGACACUGAAAUCACAU